GUUGCAUCUUCUGGGGCUUUGUUGCAUGUCUUGCCAUCAGACAUUGAUGGGUUAGUAUGCGGAAUACUAUAUUCAUAGAUAUAAUAAGUCUUUUAUUGUGUUCUUCAGUAUUAUCUGUGCAGCUGAAUGCCCCAGUAAAGAUGGAAGAGCGACUAAUGGCAGAGAUCACAAAGCUUAAGAACCCCAUUACACGUAGACAAUUAUUAAGUAAUUGCCCAGAAAACUGGCAAGGGAUAGAGUCUAAGUGUUAUUAUAUUUCAACCACAACUCUGACCUGGGAAGAGUCUAAAAAUGUCUGCAUUGCACAGGGUUCAAGCCUCCUCAUUCUAAAGGACAAAAAGGAAAUGGAUGAUUUAGAACCAUUAGUGGAAAAUAAACCUUUCUGGAUUGGCAUGACUAAGAAAGGAAAAUCAUGGCAAUGGCUAGACUCAACCAUUCCAACCUUUCUGCCAUGGGCUCCCAAUGAACCUAAUGACAUGAACGGCAAAGAGAACUGCGCAGAAAGCAAUGGAAGACAAUGGAAUGAUAUUGACUGCCUUGUCAAGGGAUAUUAUAUUUGCAAGAAAAACCUCUAACUGAGCAGAGCAACAUCAGAAUGCUUCUCUGUUUUCCUUCUGAAGCUUUAUCUCUCUGACUGUACAGUUACAGGAACU